CGCAAGCUGUUCUUCCCGAAGCUGGUGAGCGCCGAGCUGGGCUUGCUCUGCCUCCACUCCUUCGCUUUGGUGUCCAGGACUUUCCUCUCCAUCUAUGUGGCCGCCCUGGAUGGGAAAAUUGUGAAAAGCAUUGUGGAAAAAAAGCCCAGGAGCUUUGUCUUCAAACUGAUCAAGUGGCUGAUGAUUGCGAUCCCGGCCACGUUCGUGAACAGCACCAUUCGGUACCUGGAGUGCAAGCUGGCCCUCGCCUUCCGCACGCGCCUGGUGGAUCACGCCUAUGAGACCUACUUUGCCAACCAGACUUACUACAAAGUGAUCAGCAUGGAUGGGCGGCUGGCCAACCCCGACCAGUCCCUCACUGAGGACAUCAUGAUGUUUUCGCAGUCUGUGGCACAUCUCUACUCCAACCUCACCAAGCCCAUCCUGGACGUUGUGCUCACCUCCUACACCCUCAUCCGCACGGCGCGGUCCCGGGGGGCUAACCCCAUUGGGCCCACGGUCUUGGCUGGUCUGGUCGUCUACGCUACGGCCCGCGUGCUCAAAGCCUGCUCGCCCAAGUUUGGCAAGCUUGUGGCUGAGGAGGCUCACAGGAAGGGCUAUCUGCGCUUCAUACAUUCGCGCAUCAUCGCCAACGUGGAAGAGAUCGCCUUUUACCGGGGGCACAAGGUAGAACUGAAACAACUGCAGAAAAGCUACAAGGCUUUGGUAGAUCAAAUGAAUCUCAUUUUGUCCAAACGCUUAUGGUACAUCAUGAUAGAGCAGUUCCUGAUGAAGUAUGUCUGGAGUAGCUGUGGUAUGAUUAUGGUUGCUGUGCCCAUCAUCACUGCAACGGGAUUUGCAGAUGGCGAACUGGAAGAUGGCCAGAAGCAGGCAAUGGUUAGUGAAAGAACAGAAGCUUUUACUACAUCGCGAAACUUGCUGAUCUCUGGAGCAGAUGCUAUUGAAAGGAUUAUGUCUUCAUACAAAGAG